AUGCUUAGCCUGUUGGACAAAGCGUCUUUGCGACCUUCAUCACGACCGUCGACACAGGGCCAGGCAUCGCGGCCUGGCUCAGGACACCCAUCCGUUCUUGUACCACCGCGAUCGUCAUCCGCGAGUGUCAAAGCCGGUCCACAACAUAUCGCACGCCAGGCAACCAAUGCCCUCGCCACCAAUCCGGAUGCCAAAAGCUUGAUCCAUGGGUACAUGGUCUGCGGUCUCGCCAGGUCUCCCGAGGACUGGCUAAUCUCUGCACAACCAGCCGUUAGUAAGGCACAUCGCAUCCAUGGCAGUAUAGGGCCUUUCGUGCAACCAACGAUUCUUGGAUCAAUCCCUCCACAGGACAAAGAUGCCGCCACUGUCCGAAUGUUUGCCGCCGCCCUCAAAGCGGCCUUUCCCGAUGACGCCGAAGUCUGUGCCGUCGACAAAGCACCGCCAUCCACCUGUCACGCGUUCGUCUUACAACAUGAUUCGGACGAAAGCCUCUACGGAGUUGCCCUUCGACUAUGGGUCAAAUCCGAUGCUCAACGAACCGGCAAGAUUCUGGAGGUCUUGAGUCCCAAUGAUCCAACCAAGACCACCGACAACACGACUCUGUGGAUGCCCUAUUGCUUAACCUAUAUCUCGCACUACCCACUCUUCGAUCUUAUGAGUGACUACCUGCGCUGCACCUGGAUGUUGUUUGGUAAGGACCCGGACAAGUUUAACAGCAACGGUGUGCUCCGGCUGACGCGUAUGCCGCCACCUCGACCCGAGCAGUUCCUCCGUGUUGAUCUUGACAAAUAUACAUUCUGCUACAAGAUGCCGUCUCACCCAGAGGAGUUCCAAAAUUUUGCAAUGUGGCCCCUGUUCACUUGUAUCACACCUGUACAGAUGGUGGCUGUCAUUGAGGCGGCGCUUUCUUCCAGAGGACGAAUUGUCUUUACCAGCGCGCACUACGCCAUCUUGACCAUGGCUUGUGAAACCAUCCGACAUUACGUGAAGACCUGGGCUGGUCUGUACGUGCCAGUUGCGUACGCAGGCCAUGUACAGCAACUCCUGGAAGAGCCUGCGCCAUACAUGCUUGGUGUCACCAAGCAGUCGCGGGCGCUCACGAAUCCCCCAAAGGAUGCCCUGGUUGUCGAUCUGGAUGCGAAGCGAAUUUACACCUCAAGACCGCCCGGCUCCCUUUCUCCGCGGCAGCGAAAGAGGUAUACCGCCUUAUUAUCGCAAGCACUCGGUAAGGUGGUCGCUGAUGGCCCGCCUCCUCAUCUCAAAUCCGCGUACGAGCAAAAUUUCCGCUUCAGUGCCGUGGGAUCGAUCGUGGCGACAGGCAACACGCCCAAAGCUGUGCAUGAUCCCGCCUGGUGGGACCCCGUCAAAGUCUCGUCGGUCAUCAACCACAUAUGCAAACGCACGCGUCAGAAUUACAAGCUGCUAAGCGCACUCGAUAGCAUGCGGAACCAAUCAGUUAAAGUCAAUGUUCGAGAUCUCACCAAGAUGGUGCAUCACCGAAAUUGCUUUGCCCGGGAGUCGAAUGAUGCGUGGGAUACGUAUAUCAAGCUGAAACGCAGAACCGAUGUCAAGAUUGGCGAUCUUCUCAAGCACGAAGAAGCUCUCGAAUCCAGCAUUGAGGAUCACAAGAAAGAGUUUGCCGACCUGAGCGAAUGCACGGAGCAGCUGAUUGAAGACACGCGGCAAAUGCAGAAAGUAGUGAACCAGCAGAAGAGAGACAACGCACGUGUCACGGACGAGCUUAGGGACAAGACGAUCCACGCAAAACAGCUCUCGAGCCAUGUUACCGAGUUACAGUACGAACUCAAGGAAGCCACAAGGACGCUGGCCAUGCAGCAAGAGCUGAUAGAAGAGAUCGAACGAUCGCGGGACACGGCUAAGAUGUUCGAAAACCGCUUCGAGGCUGUGUCAUCGGAACGAGACGAGGCGCACCGCGCGGUGAUCCACCUGACCAGUCUGAUCAGUGGACAGAUCACCUAUAUCGAGCGUGUGCUUGGAUCGCUUCUGGCACCGACAAGCAGGCCCAGCUCCCGCACCGAGAGCAGGUCCUCGCGUCGCCGAUCUUUCCAGAGCAUAGCUGGUGGCUCACCAGUGCCAUCGCCCGGCUUUUCUAGCCCACAAAGUCGUCGUCAUACAGCUGACUUCUCUGCCAACGGCAGCAGUGCUUUGGGCGCCGCGAUUGCCGCACAUACAUCUUCUGGAAGGUGUAGCAGUCCUCUGUCACAGAUGGAAACGCCCAACGAGGAGCCAUCGCUCAAAGAAAAGGUUGGAGCUGUUGUCGUCACCGUUCGCAAGAUCAAUCAACAGUGUUUGACCACGAUCCAAGAGCUGAACGACAAGAGAGCUGAGAUGGACGCGGAUGGAGAUGCUGCCGAGCCCCUGGACCCUGCUCAGACACCACCUCCUGCCCAAGAGGUCCGUCUGUCGAACCCCCAAAGUCUGGUCUCGCGUCUGAUCCAGCAACGACUGGAAGACGUUAACGAUGAUGCGGGUUCACAGAUCUCGAGAGGUACAUUGGGGACCUUUGCAUCCGCAGUUUCCUCGCUCCCAGACCUUGAAUCAAGGCUGUCAUCUAUACGCACAGACAGUGCGAACGACCUGCAUGACGACGAUUCAUUCCAGCAAGACAGGGUUGAGCCCCGAAUCCAGGCGAUUGAAGAAGAGGAUGAGGGAGAAGCAGAAGGGAUGGUCGAGGAAGAGCCAGUGAAGCUGUUUGAAUCGGCACUCGGAGAUCUGCCAACGGUCGCUGUGUGA